CGACACGAAAAAGGUCCGUUGGUGGUGGGCAUGCGGACGUUUUAUACGAGGAUGGAGAAUGGAGAAGUGGAGAGGGCUUACCGACGACAACCAGCUAGUAUGAGAAUUUCGGAGUGGGAGAAAUGCCGUGAAAAAAGUUACACAGGGAAGUGUGGGACUGGACGUCGCCGGCGUGGCGAUAUUAUACGUUCGCUAUUCUUUGAUCAUGCAGUAGUAAGAAAAAGAGGAGACAUAUUGGAGAGCGAAAUAAUUGAAACGUCAGUUAAUCAAGGACUGCCGGAGCUGUGGGACGCUGAAACUUCAAUUUAGCCUUUUCAAAUGAGCCGCAAACGUCAGGAUCACGUGGUCUCCGUAACACGUGCGUAGCGAGAACUGUCAACUGAGGAAAGCAAAGUUCACGCGAUUUGAAAUUGGAUGGAUACGAUUUUUAUUGUAACUAUCAACGUUGGCCAAUCAACGGGGAGAUUACGCCUACUAAAAAUGCUGGAUGAAGAUUCUCGGAUAAUAAAUGUGCGGAGCAAUAAUUCCAGAAGUGAAUUUCGAAUUUGAUGUGAAAUGGCACGUACCCAUUGAGAAGUGAACGACUUAAAUUGGAGCAAGCUGGAAACGUUGUUUCGUCGAGUACAGAGCGCGAAAGAACGAGAGACGAAAUGUUUAGCAGGAAGCGAUGAAAUUCGAGGAGAAAAAAUAGUGCAAGCGAGCAGAAAACCGGAAGAUCCUUAAUGCUGAACGAGCUCCGUGGGCGCCGGGAGUUUGUUCAUGAACGACGCUAACAGCGAAGAGAGAAGAAGAAGAGGGAGGGAGCAUCGACUCUCGCCAGGGUGUAUACCUAGUUUAUAAAUAGAGUUAAAACACCGUCUCGCGGAAGCUCUCGAGCGUCGAAAGCACGCUUGCGUGUGUUUUCCUCGUGUUUGUGCAAAGAGAUCGCGUAGAAGUUUGGGUGUAGGACAAAGUUUUCUCUAUCGCAAGACGCACACGAAGGAGCGGGUCGAAGCGUCGAAGGGGUUGGGCUCGGGCGUGUGUGUGUUUGGGUAGUGGGGAUUGGAAGGGGCUCCGCUCGUCGGUGGAAAUAGAAAAGAAUGUUUUCGGAAUCCAAUUGGACUUGGUUGGCAGAACGAUGGGGCAAUAUGGCCGACUUGGCCGAGCGUGUGGACGAUCUGAUAUGCAGUUUCGAUUCUACUGGUGAUACGACAAUGGAUACACUAUCGAUGCUCAUAUUUGGGUGGAUGUUGUUCGGCCUCGUUGUACUUUGCGUCGGUAAAUUUGUUUACAAUCGUUUUGUCAACAAUGAGAUUAAAAAUCGUGAUAACCUCGGGGCUAGUGCGACGUUAAUUAGUGGGCCAACGAGCUCGAGCAAGGAACCACAGCAGCAUGCAUUCCACCUUGGUGAAAGUGUCGUUGGUGCGGGUAACGUCGCCAGUAAAUUAUUGGCUAAUGAAAAACCCAUUAGAGUUAUGAUGGCGAAAAGUGCAUCGAUGGGAAUCGCCGGCGGUGGUGGUGCUAGUGUUAUUGGUGCUGGUCCAAGUGCUGCUGGAUCCAAUUUCACUGGUGGCUUCAUCGGCGGUGGCACUAGCGGCGCUGGAAUUCUCAUGUCCUCCACUUCUUUCGGGCCAACCGGCUCUCCAGGUGGUUACGUACCACCCACACCCCCUGUCAGAAAACGUCUCACGAGAAAAACUUCCGGCCCCUUAUUGAGCCCUUCCAGAAGCUCCAGAUCGCUCAACCUCCCUGCUGCCACCGGCCCUGAUAACGAAGCCGUUCGAUGGGUCAACGAGCUCGUUUAUUGGCUCCACAGCGAUCUCGUUAUACUCAAUGAACUUCUCGGCACAUGGGUCUUGUCUCUCAAUGAUUUUGUCAGCAGCUCCGUCGAGGAACACGGAGUUGGCGUAGAAUUUGUACGUGUUUUGCCGGAAACGCAUCCUCCGGUAUUGUCCAAUAUAUUCUGCGAGUGCGACAGCAAGAACGACGUCACUAUUACGUGCGACUGCGAGGCUACUCCGGCUUUACAAUUGAAAGCUUUUCGUCAGAAAGGUGAUAAGGUUGAGGUCAGCCAUUAUCGCGUAAACGUUAAUCGCUUCCGGGCGCGCCUUAACGUCGUUUGCAUUACGGAAAAAAUGUUGCUCGAUCUGAAAUGCGACGGUUGGCCGGAGGUCAAAGUGUCACUGGCCGCUGUCGGUACGAUUAAGAAGGAUUUAGACGAGAGCCAACUUCAGGAGGUCGUAACGGAGAUUGUGAUCGGUGCUUUGAGAGGCACAAACGUGCAUUUCAACCUCACACAAUAUCCGACGUGUCCACGACUUUGGAGAGAACCACCACCCCAGCCCGGGCAUCCGUUGCCUCUGCACUACGAUAGUAUGCAACCUCAUCAACGUCAUCAAACUCACCAUUCAUCGGCCUCCACGAUCCAUCAAUACGCACCCGGGGAAAGACGUCUCCUCGUCAAGGUCGUUAAGGCUGCUGAAUUGGGGGGUGCAGAGGGUUGUCGCGAACCAUACUGCGUCGUCGAGUUGGAUGAGCCACCUCAGAAGAAUCAAACUUCGAUUAAAAAAGACACAUCAAAUCCAAUUUGGGAAGAAGCUUUUCUGUUCGACAUCAGCCACAACACGUCCGAGGUCUUAUUGGAAAUUUACGAUCACGUGAAUAAGGCUCAAAGAUUUUUGGGCCUCGGUAUCGUCGGGGUAGAGGAACUUCUCGCUAAUCCGAGCCAGAGACAAAUUAUUCCACUUCAGGCUCGUCCGUACGAGGCGGACGAAGUUACUGGAACUCUGACAGUCGAGUUUCUGUUCAUCGAGGGCGCCGAAGUACCCCAAAUCGGCUCGAAACCUUUCAAAGUUAAGGAAUCCAUAAAGCCGUUAUCACCAACACGAACAUACAGCCCGACCAAUCUACUCAGCAAUAGUAGCCUAAAUUAUAACAAUGGUAACAGCACACUUAUCUUGUACGACUCUACCAGUCAAUCUGCCGGCGACUUUUUAACAAACGGCAAUACCGAGGAAUCGCCUUAUCGAACCGGUCAAACGAACGGGAAUAAAGGAACUCUCAUCGUUCACAGUCAACAGAGGCAAUCGGAACGACAGGUAGUAAAGGUCGCUCUAUCGCACAAUGGAAGUUGGCAGGAAAUUUCGCCAGAGCAUGGGAACAGGGAUACAAGCGCCACAUCAGGACCGGAAAGCACGCCUAAUUCAUCAAAUUCUGAAAGCAUGAGAGAACGUGGAAGAACGAGGAGGAAACGGCGAGACUUUUUCGGCACGAUAAAGCGACGUCUUGGUAGAUCAAAAACGAGAAGUCGAUCAGCUGGUCCCGAAGGUGACACGAAUCACGAGGAAGCGCACUCAAGAUCGAUAUCCGCUGACAGAGCGAGGGAUCCAGGAUCCGCUUUACUUACUGUACCAGGAAAAGAGGAACUCUCGAGAAGGUCGAGUCUCAGCGAGGCAUCUGCGAUAAGUGGAACGUCGACCAGAACAUACAUCAAUGAAGCGUCGACUCUGGUGCUAGAGACUCUAGAAAAUGGAAUUAAAAAACACUACCUCGUACCCUUGUCUCUUGCACAAAAGAGCAAAUGGCGGAAAAAAGGCACAAAACUUCAUAUAUUCAACGAUCACACAUUCAUCGCAAAACACAUGCCUGGUGGAACGGUCUGCGAGGUAUGCAAAAGGACUUUAGCCCGAAGAUUGGGAAAGCAGGGAUACGAGUGUCGAGACUGUCUGAUGAAAUGCCACAAACAUUGUCACGUCAAGGUGGAGAGCAUGUGUUCAACUUCCACGAUCCAAAGCAUCGAACUGUCCCUACUACCGGUACUGAGCGAAUAAGAUAGGACCUGCAUAAAGACUCCGAUGCUCGAGAGAAAAUAUUCAACCCGACGACGUUAGCCACCAUUAAUUUAUCGCUUACGAAUCUCGCCACGAAACGACUUCGAACGACGACUUCGUCGAAAAAAAAAUUUCGCACAUACACGAAAUUUGAAAGUUGAGCUUCCUACGAAUUUUUAUUUAUGAUUUUUUUUCUUCUUCCAUCCCUUUUUUUAAUUCCAUGUUCACGUAUAAACGUAUACCGUGAACGUGACUCGAUACCAAAAGCUUAUUCAAGAGAAAACAAAGGAUAUUAGCAUUUUUAAAAACAUCGAACUUACAUAUUGUUUAUUGAUUUGUUUCUUUUUUCAUCGUUACUUUAUUUUCAAUGUCAAAAUGACUGAAAUAAUAUUAUAUAGCAUAUAAAAUAACUGUUCGAACGUUUGAUUUAUGGAAAUAAACGAAAAGAAACGAGAGAAAAAUUAUUCCCCGAAGGAGAAGAAACGGAAACACUAAAUUGUUACACAGUUUAACGAUAUUGGCUUAUCACGAAGCUUCAAAGCUUCAUUGCUUAUCCGACGUCUCGAAAAACUAUAAAAUAAUUGUGAAAUUUUGAAAAAAUUAUUCUCUAACUCAAACCUUCUAAUCUUUCCGACUUUGUAAUUGAACGUUUCUCUUGAUUGAUAACAACGUUUCAAUUCCAAAGCCAUCGUACAGCUGAAACCAAUGAACUAAUCAAAAGUUUAUGUGUCUCGUUUUGGAGGUGGUGGACACUUGUGGAGAAUUGGUAACCUAACCUAUAAUCUAUAUUCAAUAUCCAUUUUGCACCUGAUUCUGACAGUUUAAAUUUUUUUUGUUCAAUAAGUCACUAAUUUCGAAGUAUUUAUAAAUUAAUGAGUAGUAUGUUCUUCCGAGGUAAAAAAGCGCGGAAAUCUUCGUAAAAGUCGGUGCGAUGGGUUAGGAGAAAAAGAAUAUAGGGAUGGUGCAAGUAGACUACCGCGCCACUAGUGAUGAAAAGUGAAAUCUUUUGGAGGUAUUUUAUCAUUAUUGUAUUAUUAUAUAUAUUAAAUUAUUAUGAUUAUAUUUCCAUCAACGUAUUGAAAGUGCUACCCCCAAAAACUUAUAAUUUAUGACAUUAGAGGCGCCACGAGUACUUUCGACCUGCCCUCUAUCGAAUCUGCACCAUCCCUAUAGUGGAGUUGUUCAACGAAGCAGAUGUCGCCACUACUCGUGAUAAAUCGGUAAAGCAAUAAGUGAUUUUUCACAAUUUCGCGUAUUCAACGAAACCGUUUAAUUGUUAGAAAAAUAACGACGAAAAAACGUUAAUGCCUAGAAGAAAUAAUGUUCUUAGCCUUCCAACGCGCAAAAAGAAUUUUCAUUCAACAUUUCACGCUCGCUAGUCACGAACUUGAGACAAAACGAUCGAUGUACGCGGACAAUCAAACCUAACCUUACUUUCCCGUUCGAAAACUCGAAAGAAAAUUUAAAACCGAAACGAGAAUUCCGGAAUAAUACACUCGUUCUCGUAUUCGCGUAUUGGCCCAUGUGUGACAUUUUUAUGUGAAAUCUUUUAAACAAGCACACGUUUGAUAAUACAACGAUAAAGGAGUUACGACUGAUUUUUAACUUAAUCUAUAUAAUUCAAGUGAGAAUAGGGUGAAUUUACGUGUACGAUCGUAUUAUACACAAUAAUAUAUUUGUAUGACUUUUACUAUAUUACUGCACGAAAAGUCGUCGAGUUAUUGGUUUUUUGUCUUAUUACGAUCAAUAUUUCAUUAUUGCCUCCUCGAAUCAUGGUUCAAAUUUUCACAAUCGUAACCAUUUUUGAACAUCGAUUUCUUUAUUUCUCUUUCGUUUUGUUUCCGUCCGAAAUCGCGAUGCUGUUGAGCGCACGGGACAGACUACUUUCGUUUCUUCUUUUACCCCCAGACAAAGAACUCAGACGUAGGGUAGAAGCACAGUUCUUAUGGCCGCUCUGAGGACAAACUUUCUGCGACUCAAACGGCCGGUUGGCGGCGUGGCGGUCGCAGUGCGGCAGCUAUCUCUCUCGCUCCCAUUGCAAUGCAAAAACUGCUCGAACUGAACGCAGAGGGUCGAGUGAUCAAACCCCACUCGUAGAGUUUUUUUUUUUUUUAUCCACUAUGUAAAAAAAUAGUUUUUAACGACACGGUUAAUCUUUAUUAUUAUUUUUCAUCAAUUAAAUAAAUAAAUAGUCUCCGAAUAUGAAGAGCGUUUGAGAUUUUUUCUAUAAAUCAAGUGCAUGAAUAGUUUUUAAAUUUUUUUUAUAAAUUUGAAAUUGUGAGUCGCAUGAAAAUUGAGAAUCGUUUCAAAGUCGCCUUUAAAAUUUUUGAAGUGAAUGAAGUAAAUAAAUAUUUCAUUUUGAUUAUUGAAUUUAAUGAAAAUAAGGCGAAAGUACGAAAACUUUGAACAUUCAAUAUAGACGUUCAUUAUUCAUUAAACCAGGAGAUCAUUUUA